AUGGAAGAGGUCAACCCAGGCGCCCUCACGAAGAGAGCACUAAGAAACAAGCGGGAAGUGAGGGAGGACUAUAGCCGUGUUCUCACGGACAUCGAAAGUGGCCUCCGCCAUCUUCACUCGUUAGGGUUGGUUCAUAACGACCUCAAUCCGAGCAACAUAAUGGUCGCUGAUGAUAAAGCAAUUAUCAUCGAUGUUGGAUCUUGCCGGAAAAUUGGAGAAAGCCUACAAGGUGUCGGCCGUACUUACGAAUGGUACGAUGGAAAGAUACAGCAAUCUCUUCCUGAGAAUGACCUGGAUGCCUUGGAGGAGCUUCGCAUUUGGCUUGGUCUUAGUGCACAGGAAUUUCAAUUUGAUGUCUAG